AUGGAUUCUCGCGCCUCCCGCCAGCGGCCCUCCCUGGGCCAGAUGCGUAGCAAUUCCUUCAUCCAGGAUCACCAGCAGUAUAAACCGCCCAUUCCGAUCAGCCAAAACAUCGGUGAAGUGCUGGAAACUCAGCUGGAUGAGAGCUUGCCUAUUUUGACCAACCCAAUUCACCCCAAUCCCCAGAGAGUCCAGGACAGCGGCGUUAUUCAUAGCCUCUUCCACCACCAUGCCAAUCCGCUCCCGCAGGGCACUGCGCGCAUUGUCGCGACUCUUUUCUAUAAAUCUUCCAAACCCGUCCACCCCAAUUUACACCCCGACGCGUCGUUCAAUGCCGCACUCGGUCAUACACUACAGGCGCCCAAAGUCCCUGAAGGAUCUGCCCCAACGGAUGACAUGGAGAAGAUCCCGCGCGAACCCCCCGCGCCGGAACCCGAACCGCUGGACCACCUGUAUGGAGCGCAUGUGUCACAGCUCUGCUUGACCAACUUCCUCCAAACUCUCGAGCAACUCCCGACACCAUACCAGCGCACCAAUACUUCACACCGCUGCUUGGAUCGCGAGGAUCAGCCUCGCGUGGUCGAGGUCACAUUUUCCCCGCCACCGGAUCCUGAGUACCUCUCCUUCGCGGAUCUCCGUAAGCACGAAAGCAUUUGGCGCUUCGAGCGGGAAUGGAACGUCGAAGUUGUUCUGCAGAAUGAGGGCGUCUUCCGCCGGCAUAAGCGCUUGGCCGUGUUUGACAUGGAUAGCACAUUGAUUCAGAACGAGGUGAUUGACGAGAUCGCCAAGUUUAUCGGCGUGGAGAAGGAAGUCUCUGAAAUCACCGAGCGUGCCAUGAACGGCGAGCUGGACUUCUCCGCAUCCUUGAAGGAGCGCGUUGGCCUUCUCAAGGGUGUCCCCGCAGACGUAUUUGAGAAGCUCAAGUCCGUUAUUACCAUCGCCCCCGGCGCUCGAGAGCUCUGCCGUGCAUUGAAGACUUUGGGCUAUAAGAUGGCCGUCCUGAGCGGAGGUUUCCAGCCCUUGGCUGAGUGGCUCGCCGAGCAGCUUGGAAUCGACUAUGCGGUCGCCAACCAUGUAAGUCCCGAUAAGAACCACCCCGCAAACAAGCCCCCUAACAACCUCCAGCUCGAAAUCGACGAAACCACGCAAACCCUCACCGGAAGACUAGUCGAGUCCAAGCCCAUCAUUGAUGCCGCCCAGAAACGCGCCCUGCUCACUUCCAUCGCAGCUGAGAACAACAUCCCCAUCUCCCAGACACUGGCUGUCGGCGACGGGGCCAAUGACCUCCUCAUGCUCCACGCAGCCGGCCUAGGCGUCGCCUGGCGCGCCAAGUCCAAGGUCCAGCUCGAAGCUCCGACCCGUCUGAACGGAGAAAGCCUCCUCGAUAUUCUCCACCUGAUCGGUUUAGAUAAUGAGGAUAUUAUCGAGUUGUCUGCUGCAAGCAAAAUGCUCUAA